UGUUCAACACAUCAUUUCCUCAUAAUAUUAUUACUACUACAAAAGAAAAUAUCAACUUUAUAUACCGCUUUUUCACAAUGGCAUCAAACUCAAUGUCCGCUUAUGGAUCUGGUUCAUGGACUGUUAAGCAGAGCGAAGCCUUUGAGAGUGCUCUAGCAACCUAUGACCAGGACUCUCCUGACCGUUGGUACAAUGUCGCUAGAGCUGUUGGUGGGACAACACCUGAAGAAGCUAAGAGACAAUACGAGCUUCUCGUACGUGACAUAGAAAGCAUUGAGAAUGGGCACGUGGCAUUCCCUAACUACAAGACUAAUGGAGGCAGCACUAAGGGUAGGCUGCGUGAUGAGGAAAAAAGGAUGAGAAGCAUGAAGCUGCAGUGAAAGAAGAAGUAACAGAACCUAUAACUAUGGUAUGAUGGUCAAGAAUAAAAGAGAAACACGCAGAAAGAUGUGUUAGUCAACUUUAAGCAAUGUCUGUAUUGCUAUUUCCCACAAGCUUACAAUCUACUAUUAGUAUGUCGCGUUGUAAAACAAAACAAAAAAGCCCUAGAGUUAAUUAACCAAAUAUGUAAUGAAAAAAAAUCCAGUUGUCUGAAUCAA